AUGGCUGCGCGCAACAUCAUCCGCUUCCUGAAGAAGGCCGAAGUGUCGUUCUCGUCCUUCGACACCCGCGCGUCGGGCGCCUGCGAGUUUCACCGCCAGCUGAGCGCGAGCAAGACCAAGGCGCUCAACCCCAAGUGCGAGCUCAUCUACACGUCGACGCUGCACACCAAGUCGGAGCCGACGAUCGAACUCCUCUUCAUCAACGACAAGAAGGAGAAGAUGGUCGUGCCGGGCCGCAGCAUCAAGGAUAUCUUCAACGACGUCGAUUACUUCUGCUCGCAGAUCGAGUCGGAGCUCGAAGCUCAGGGCAAGUCCAUGGACUAA